AUGGUUGCGAAGAGGAAGAAAAAGGCCCUCUCUCUGCGGGGUGAGAGAGUUCAAUAUCCAGUCCAGCAAGCUUGUGACGAGAUAGCCGAAUUGCAGCAGCAACUACGACAAGCUAUACAAGCACUACGCAACUUUCGAAUGACGAUCAAUGAAUUUGAAAGUAGGCAGCGAUGUAAGACACAAGAAAUCGGAGGAGCAAUCCAAAACCCCAACAAGCAUUUCAUGCAGUGCACUUUUGCGAACGAAGAGGGGAUCUUUAUUCUGAUUCGUGUUCAGGAUACAUGUUCACGAAAGGAGGAAAGGAACGCGUCAUUCGAGCGCAACUAUGCACUAAUUGCCUCUGCUACAACUGUCCAAGAGGGCAGCGAUGCAGAAACGCAACACGAGAUGCUACUACUGCGAUUGCAGUGGGCUCCAUUCUGCGCUAUGUACCUUUCCAGAAAAGAGCGUAUUUGUAUAUUAUAUUAUAUUUGGAACUACUAA